AAUAACAUGUACUAACUGUAUUUUAAUCUGGUUGUUUUACAGAAGGGGAGGUUUGCUUUACAUCGACAAGUGACCUGUGCGACGACCUCCCUCAGUAUGAGAACGACUGCGAAUGUGCGUAGCAUGUUCAGUAAUUUUAAUUGUAUGUCAUUUUAAAAAGUGAAGCCAGAAAAGACCAAAUGCAUUGCCAGAAAAAGAAAAAGUCGCUCGCAUUCAGAUUUUCCAGGUCUAAUAAGAUAAUCAAGCCUGGAAAUACUGAUAGCGAACAGGCACGAAUAAAUGACAAGAAUCAACCCGUAGUCGAAUCAGAAGAUCAUCAUAAAAAAUCAACAAAAGCCAAUAAAUUAUCUGCAACAUAUUUGAUUGAUGACUUAUCAGGAGCACGAAAUUUGAUAAAUACAUUGUUAGGAGAACGAGUGCGACCUCCGAAACUGGUUUUGUCAAUUAUUGGUGAUUCUAGCAGUUUUGUGCCGAAGCCAUGGUUGAUACCUGUAUUGAAGACUGGACUCAUAGCCACUGCAAAGGGUGCUAAAGAUUACUUGAUAUUAUACAAAGGAUCAAACGGGAGAAUAAGCUCUAUUGUCCAGGAAGCAAUAGAUGACUUAUGGAAUUUACGAGAAGAUGGGAAGGAAGAAAAUUUACCAGAAUAUAAGGAAGACAAUUUUAAGUCAAUAGAAGCUUUCCAAACUGCAUUAUGUAAUACGACUGUAUUUGCCAAGUUUCAUGCUCAAACUUUGAAAAUCAUUGCUGAAAAAGAAAUAAUGUUUAUGAAACUUGCAGACAAUGAAGAUCUUAUCUGGAGAUUACCAGUUCUAACAGUUGUCGCUGAAGGAGACUUAGAUACAAUAGACGCUAUAGUUCAAGUUCUUGAAAUUAAUCUACCAAUUCUAUUGCUGAAAGGAUCUGGGAAAGCAGCGGAUUUUGUUGCCGGUUUUAUAGAGGAAUACAGACACGAUGGUGCUAGUUCAAAGAACAGUAUUCAUGAAUAUAUUAAGGAAAAAUCAGCAAUAUUGUUUGGAAUAGUAUCUCCAAGAGAUAAAAGUCUCAACAAACUUAGAGAAAGGUUAAGUCGCAUUCAUAAAUGCAAAUGUUUGAUAACGAUCCUUGAUGUAAACAAGGAAACAAAACCAACUAAUUUCACAGAUUCGGUAACUACAUCAAUUAUUCGCGGAUGGUCACAUAUAUCAAGAGAUGGAUUGUCAAAUGGCGAACGUUGCAAAUCUCCAGAAAGCUCAAAGUGUAAAGAAACUGAAGAGAGUCAGGAUAGUAACCAGCUAGAUGAGAGUACUCGGGAUCUUCCUAGGCAAACAAACGAAACUAAAACAGUGACAGAAAAUGCCCUAAAAACAUCUACUGUUCCAAUGAAAACAGGAGCAUUUAUGGAAAAAUAUCAGGCUACUUUGAGUCCUGCAUCGUUACCACUAUUUUAUUAUAUUGCAUAUCAGACUAUUCAGGAUAUGAAUACUACAAACAAAACACAGAAUUUUAAGAUCCUUUUAAAAGAAGCGAUUAUUGCUGAUAGACAUGAAUAUGUGUCUGUUUUGUUGGAAGGGGAUAAGGUUCUAGUAGGUUCCAAUCAAGUUUCGGAUAUAUAUCAGAAAACACUUCUUCAAAAUGGAAUGGCAGCCGCUAAGACUGAUUUUCAAGGCGUAUUCAAGUGGGCCUCAAAAAGAGCAGUAGACACAUUAGAGAAAGCGUACAAACUCAAAGAAAGAGAAUAUGAUUUGAAAUGCAUUGACCUUUCAGACAAAAUAAUUGGCAUAUUAAAUAAAAUUAUAGAAGAUACUCCUGAUACCGAAAAUUUAUUCGAAGAAGAUUUAGAGAAGAUUAAAGAGAAUUGUGAAACAUUUAAAACAAAUUUAAGUGGAAUGAACAAACAAACACGCAAAGAAAAAAUAUCUGCUGUAGUAUCUAGCAUACAAGUACUUACGAGUAAAAUGUGUAUCAUAGCUGGUAGAAAUAUUUGUCAAUCACUGCUGGAAUAUCCAAAAAGUACCACAAUAGAAUGGGAGGUUGAUUGUUUAUAUGAAGAUUUGUUGCUUUGGGCAAUUCUGGAAAACAGACCAAAUCUGGCUUCGAUUUUCUGGAUGAAAUCUCAAAAUCAAUUGCUUUGCGCCCUACUUGCUAGUUGUCUAUACAGUAAAAUGGCUUACAAAGUCAAAAGCACAAAAGAUCAGUCACGAUAUGUUGAUAUGAUAAAACAGGCCAGGAUUUACGAAGAAAGAAGUGUGUACCUUCAAUCAAAAUUAUAUGAGGAAAAUGCUGCACUUACAAUGGAACUAGUUGUGACUGAUUUUACUGUUUGGGACAUAACAAUCAGCCCUCUGGAGUGCGCACACGAAAAUAUGAUGCUUGAUUUUAUUUCGCAAUCCUGUUGUCAGAGACGAUUAAACAAGAUAUGGUACAAUGACAUUGGUGGGUCAUUUAAAGGUGUGUUAAAGAAAGGAUUGUUGACUGGUUGUUGUUUCUGUUUUACGACAAAAAAUGAAUGUAGACUUCGCAGACUUCGCCAACUUCGCCAAUUCAUUUGUUCGCCAUUGGCAAGGUUCGGUCUACAUUAUGCUUUCUUUUUUGUUGCUAUGGUGUGCUACAGUGCAUUCCUUUUGACAGAACUUGACUUUAUUGAUGGAAUACAAUCUGUUGAAAUGUAUGAAUGGAUUGUCUACAUACACUUGCUUGGAGAUGUACUUGAACAGUAUCGACAUGUGGUUUUGAAAGAACCAAAAUUUCCAACAGAUUUAUCAGAGAACAAUGAAUCAAAAAGUCUUUUAAGACAUUCCUGGUUGUAUAGAGUAAAGAAUUACUUGUACAACUUUUGGAACAUUCUUGAUGUCACAUCAUACAUCCUGACAGUGACAGCUAUCUUUAUACGCUUUUUAAAGCCAACGAUCACAAAUAACCUAACAAGACGAUUUUACAGUCUCGGUCUCUUUACAAUGUACAUGAGAUUUCUUCAUAUCAUAUUGGUAGAACGGAAACUAGGACCAAAAAUUAUCAUGAUCAAGGAAAUGGUGAAAGAACUGCUUAGAUUUAUAGGAAUUCUUUUGGUAUUUAUGAUGGGAGUUGGUGUGCUUUAUCAUGCUAAUAUGUAUCCAAAGCACAAGGAUAUGUGGAAUUCAGCAGGAUGGACAUACUGGAGAAUAUGGAAGAUCAUGUAUAUUCCUUACUGGCAAAUAUAUGGAUUCAAUUUCUUGGAUUCUUUUGAUGCUAACAGUACAACACCAUGUACCACUAUACAGAGCGAAUGGGAGAGUAAUCCAGACAUAGAACGAUGUAAUCGGUAUGACUGGGUACUGAUUGUGAUUGCUGCCUUUUAUAUGUUGAUUUCGAACCUUCUUCUCGUCAAUCUUGUGAUUGCUUUAUUUAGCUUUCGGUUUAGACGAGUCCAAGAAAACUCCGGGAAAUUGUGGCGAUAUUUGAGAUAUGAAGUUAUAAUGGACUAUCGUACCAUAAUACCUGCACCGUUUAACCUAAUUAUCAGACCGAUUAUGUUAUGCAUGGCAAUAUAUCGUAAAUUGAAGAGAUGCAGGCAUGGAAACGAUGAUCAUAAUCAGGAAAACGAUAAUGAAAAAACAGAAGACGAAAUAAGAAGGAAAAAGAAAUUAAAGAACAUAGAGACACUUCAGACAGUACAUGCAGUUAAUUGCGUAUUAGAAAUAUGAAUGAUUGCAAGAGGAAAUGAAUAUUAGCGUCACAGAUGACCACGAAUAUGUUAUAAUUGUCUUCAAAACUUUCCUCUUUUUCCUUGAUUGUGUAUCUUUCGCGUCUGUUUUCUUUUUAAACCUCUAAAAAUUUAUAAAGGGACUAUUUAAGAAAUGUUUGUUAGAAAUCAUGUCAGUACCGAAGUACAGACUACUGAGCUGAUUAUAACCUCGGGGACUGAUAGUCCACCAACAGAUUAGAUUAGUUGAAUGAGCGUUUAAAUAACAAAUAUAUCUCCCUCAUGCAAGCGUUGAUUCUAUGUCCGGUUUUGGCUAUACUUUUGGUCUUUUUAGUUUGAUCAUCUCUUCAACGUUUGUAUUAGAUUUUGGAAUUCAAAUGUUUUGGCUUUGAACAUCCCUUAACUGUGGAAAUACGCAUCUUGUGCAGUAAAACAUUUUUUAA